GCCCCGCGUCCGCCGCCCCGCGUCCGCCGCCCCGCCAGGGCGAGGAAAGGAGGCGCAGCACUUGGGGAGGCGGCUGGAUGAAGGCGUGUGCCUCAGGGCGGGCUCGGCAGCCCCUCGGGCAUGAAGGGGACCGCGGGGAUUCUGCCCUGUCCUGCAGCCGAGCGGGGACAUCAGGAAGACAGCUGCCUUCAGAUGAUACAGAACUCACUGACAGUUGCUCUUGUUUCAGUCCUACUUCAUGAGAACUUCAGAGGAUACUAACUGAGCAGAUGGUACGUGAACAAUACACUACGACGACACCAGGCACUAGCCUAGAGAGGCCGAAGAAUGAAUAUGUCUACAAAAUUGGAAUUUAUGGCUGGAGAAAGCGUUGCCUCUACCUGUUUGUUCUCCUCCUGCUUAUCAUCCUAGUUGUGAAUUUUUCUUUGACAAUUUGGAUUCUUAAAGUGAUGUGGUUUUCCCCAACUGGAAUGGGACACCUGCGCGUUACAAAAGAAGGUCUUCGUCUGGAAGGGGAAUCUGAAUUCUUAUUCCCUCUUUAUGCCAAAGAAAUCCAUUCUAGAGUGGACUCAUCACUGCUUCUCCAGUCUACUCACAAUGUGACUGUGAAUGCUCGCAAUUCAAAUGGGGAAGUCACAGGCAGAUUAAAUGUGGGUCCUAAAAUGGUAGAAUUCCACGGUCAGCAAUUUCAGAUCAACUCAAAGGAUGGAAAGCCACUUUUUACAGUGGAUGAAAAUGAGGUUGUAAUUGGCACAGAUAAGCUUCGAGUCACAGGGCCUGAAGGAGCACUUUUUGAACACUCUGUAGAAACACCACUUGUAAAAGCAGAAGCUUUUAAACAGCUUAGGCUGGAAUCACCAACACGAUCUUUGAGCAUGGAUGCACCACGAGGAAUUAAUAUCAAAGCACAAGCUGGGAAUAUUGAAGCUCUUUCACAGAUGGAUAUCAAACUACACAGCAGUGAUGGUGUGCUUUUGCUUGAUGCUGAAACUGUGCGACUGCCCAAACUGCCUGAGGGUACAAGGGGUGAAUCCGGUAUUUCUCAGGGGCUCUAUGAAAUCUGCGUGUGUCCAGAUGGAAAGCUCUACUUGUCAGUGGCUGGCGUGGGCUCCACCUGCCAAGAAUACAGCCGUGUCUGCCAAUGAGGCACCAGAAAAGGCCGCACACCCGUGCAUCUGAGUUUUAUAUUACUGCUAAAAAGCAUUACUGAAAGAGUAUUUUUCAGAAUUUAAAAAACAAAGUACUUCAAUUUAGGAAGCAAAUUUGUAUCUACAAUUCUGGACUACAGGGUGUAAGGGGAAGAAGAGCACAAAUGACAUUUCAGCUUCAGAAGAAUGACUUGAAUCAAAUUACAUGUUCUGUCAGUAACACUUUGAAAACAGCCUUAUGGAGAGCAUAAAAAAAUAAAACUAAUAUGUUUCCUUGCUGAACUAUUAUUCAGUUCAGAUGAUUAUGUCAUUGUUCAUAUUUUUGAGAUCCAUGGGUUUUUUCUCUCACUAGAUGUAAGCACUUACUGUAUUAGUGGGUGAAUUUAGAUUGAGGGAACUACUUGAACUAUUUGCUAAGAAAAGCAUUAUUUGGAGAAUUCAGAAAGUGCCAGCAAAUGGUCUAUGCAAUUUUGUUCUUGCAAUAACACAUGAUAUAAAAAUGUGAUAUUUGUAUAAGUUCUCUGUAAAAGGUGUUAAUUUGCUAAAGCUUUCUAUUUUAAUUUGGCAACAUAUAUGCUGAUUUGCUUAUUACUGAGAUUCAUAUAAAAAUAACUAACAGUAAAAGCUCCAGAAGUCGUUAAUACUUUUGUGCGUCUCAAUUCUGUCCACUAUACAACAGAGAAAUACGUUAUUAAAUUUUAUAAUAGCAGUUGUUUGUUCUACUACCCGUACUGUCAUAUUCAUUUAAAUCCUUUUUUAUUUUAGGACAUGCUAAUUCAAUAAGGCAAUUUGUUCUGCCAGCUGGACCACUAAAAAGAAAAAAAGUGUGGCUUCAGAUUGUCUGACACAAGGAAUUGUUUGAGCAGUGGGGAAAAAAGUUCUUUUAUGCAGCCCACAGGUUUCAAUUAACAGGAAUAUUUUAUUUCUAUCUGCAGCUGUUGAUUGAUAUUUCUGAUCCUGACAGAGUGGGACUCCAUCACAAAUGGACAGAAUAAAACUGCUCUUUAUUUUUUACAUUAGGACUUGGGUUACAAAAUAAGUGCUCACCAGAGUUGACAAACUCUUUAUUAACCUUGUAAAGAAACACAGCUGCAGACCCAUUCCCCUGUACAGUGUUGCACUGAACACAAAUAAAUUGUUUGCACACCUCUGGGUAGCAAGAUUUGUAUUUAAUAGUCUGUUGUUUAAACCUCAUGGGGUUUUAAUUCCUUUGAUGCUGUUUUGUAUACACUUGAUGGUGUUAUUAUCCAGGAAGGAGCUGCUAUCACACAGUGCCUUGGUGUCUAUUUUCAGAAGGAUUUUAACCCAUAGUUGUUAGUAAACCACAGAAUGUCCAUCCUUUGGAAAAAAUAAUAAUCAUCCUUAAAACAGGAGAAUUGGAACAAAAGAGUUACUAACUUUUUUUAAACUUGCUACUUCGGCUCUGUUGAACAAGGGAAGAAAACCAACACUCAGUUAAGAUGCCUGGUACACACAAAAGCCUGAGCUGAGGAACAGUCCCCUGUUAACAGCAUCCACUAUUAUUGUGGUAAAGCCCUGGACAGUCCCUGCCUCAAGGGCUGCCUUUGCAAUUUAUCUAACUAGUCUGAUGUACAAAACUGAAACUGCCCUUCAGCAUUAAUUGUGGAGCCCCCACAACUAAUGCAAGCUAGAAGAGCUUCAAUAGGGCAAGUAGAAAAUGCUUAAGCUGAGCUUAAGCAAUUGAAGCAAGGUCUCAUGUUAUUUGGAGACUGCUCCAAUUGCUAAUACAUUCCCUAAAUGAGAAGUAGGAAGCCACACUUCUUUGACAUCUGAAAUUCCCUUUUCCUGGGCUUAGACUCACUCACUCCUACCUUCAGGAGCAGGUCUGAGGCUGUUGGCCAUAAAGAGAGGAAUUUAAAUCUCUACAACAAUAUCUCUUGAUUAUAUCUGCCCCUCUAACUAAGCCCUCUUCUGAGGCAGACUUUAACAGAAACGUGUCUUCAGUAUUCCUUAGUCAGUUUAGGUGGUUCCAGCUCCAUGCAUAAGCUUUUACAAACCAAAUUAUGAGCAGACUUAGCUUAUUCAUUGGAUAGAAAGUAUGAGUAU